AAAGGAUCCUUACUGAGAACUGUUUUCACAAUAAGAGAAAUAUCUCCACAGCAGCAACAUCCCGUCUGCUUUUGGGAUAUUGGCCCACAUCUUUCCAGAGCCUUGGGUAUCAGCCCGGGCCGUAAUGCAGUCUCCCGAUGUUGCAUACCGUGCUGCCAGCAGCCGCGCCCCGCCUGUCCCCGCUUUCACUUUCGCUUCUCCUUCCGGCCCCGGACGGCCUCACCUCGCGGUUUUCGUGCUGAAGCGCCGGCGGCUCCACGCUGGAGGAGGUGAAGCCCACCGAGGUUUCCAAUGAAAGCAUAAAACAGUUCAAGCCGUCUCCAGACUUUCUUCAAUGAAAAUAGCCAAGCACAAGAAGGCAGCCCUGUUGGCCUUGUUGGAGGUCAGGCAAAGAGCAGUGUUGGGGUUUGCAUAAUAAAACUAUGGGAUGUUCUAUUCAUUGCUGGAACAGCUUAUCUUUCAAACUGGUGUCUGUUUGCUUACUGUGUGCAUCAGUUGGAAAGCAAUGUCAGAUUAGAAAUACAAUGGCAGAUUGUAGUCACCUAAAGCUGACACAAAUUCCUUCUGAUCUUCCAAACAACAUAACAGGUUUGGACAUUUCCCAUAAUCAGCUAAAAAAGCUUGCUCCUGAGAAUCUGACCCAGUACAGCAAUCUGAUUUACUUAAAUGCGGGAUACAACAUCAUCUCUAAACUGCUACCAGAAUUGUGCAAAAAUAUGCCCCUGUUGCAAAUUUUAAAGCUAGAACACAAUCAAUUGCAUGAACUUCCUGAUGGAGUGUUUGCUACCUGCAGCAACCUGACUGAGCUCAAUCUAGGAUACAACAUCAUAGAAGUAAGAAAUGAUCCUUUCAAAACCCUGGAGAACUUGAAUGUUUUGGAUCUAUCUCAUAACCAUUUGAAGUCAGCAAAUUUAGGAUUGCAGCAACAGCUGAAGAACCUUCGUGACCUUGUGUUGUACAGCAACCAAAUCACUGAGUUAAAAAAAGAAGACUUAAAAUUUCUUAGCAACACUUCAUUGAAUAGUCUUGAUUUGUCAUCAAACCCCCUGAAAAAGUUUCACACAGGAUGUUUACAUGCAAUUGGAAAUCUGUUUGGCCUUAUACUGAACAAUGUGGAACUUGGUGAAAAUAGCACAAAGGAACUUUGUACGGAAUUAUCAAACACAGCGAUUCAGAACCUCUCACUGAGCCAUGUGAAGCUCUCACACAUUAGCAGGUUAACUCUCCAGGGACUACAAGGAACAAACCUCACAGUUUUAAACCUUUCAAAAAACUCUCUCUCUGUGAUAGAGGAUGACUCAUUCCAAUGGCUGUCAAAUUUAGAGUACUUGAACUUGGAGGAUAAUAACAUCUUUAAAGUGUCCUCACGUUUGUUUUAUGGAUUGUCCAGCAUUAAACAUCUGAAUCUGAUAAAAGCACUUACUGGGAAAAUUGAAGAUUUUUCUUUCCAAUGGUUAUACAACCUAGAGUACCUUAUAAUGGAUCAUAACAAUUUUCCACAAAUUACGACUAACAUGUUCACAGGUCUGAAAAACCUGAAAUAUUUAAGUCUUUAUAACUGCAACAUAAACUUGCAAAGAAUAACUAAUAAAACAUUUGUAUCACUUGCUAAUUCCAGCUUGCAAGUUCUCAAUCUCACAAAAACAAGGAUCUCUACAGUUGAAAGUAGGGCAUUUUCCUUGUUGGGACAACUGAAAAUUCUUGAUCUUGGUCUCAAUGAAAUUAAUCAAGUGCUCACUGGUCAUGAGUUUGAAGGUCUCAAUAAUAUAGAAUAUAUUUAUCUUUCUUACAACAGAAACGUGACUUUGCAAAGUGAAUCAUUUAUUUUUGUUCCAAGUCUUAGCAAACUGAUGUUAAGGAAGGUAGGUUGCAAUAAUCUGGCAAUUUCUCCUUCACCUUUUCAUCCACUACGGAAUCUGACUGUCCUGGACAUCAGCAAUAACAACCUAGCGAACAUAAAGGAAGACUUGUUUGAUGGACUUUACAAACUCGAUAUUCUGGAUUUGCAGCACAAUAAUUUAGCUCGACUUUGGAAACAAGCAAAUCCAGGAGGUCCAGUUCUUUUUUUAAAAGACCUUCCCAACUUGCAUGUUCUUAAUUUAAAAUCAAAUGGCUUUGAUGAAAUUCCAGUUCAUGUUUUCAAGGGUCUGCAUCGAUUAAAAGAUUUGGAUUUAGGAUCAAAUAAUUUGAAUUUGCUGCCAGCAACUUUAUUUGAUAACCAAAACUCUCUAAAUACGUUGAACCUUCAGAAAAAUCUAAUAACCUCAGUUGAAGAAGAUGUGUUUGGUCCAGUUUUCAAGAGCCUGAGAAAACUAGAGAUGGAUUCCAACCCAUUUGAUUGCACUUGUGAAAGCAUUGCUUGGUUUGCUAGUUGGCUAAAUGUCACUCAAGCAUAUAUACCUGGAUUGCAGUCUCAGUACAUUUGUAACACCCCACCUAAAUAUCACAGUACUCUGGUGUUGCAUUUUGACACCUCAGCCUGCAAAGACAGCGCUCCAUUUAAGCUUCUGUUUGUGAUCACUACCACUGUUGUGGUGCAAUUCAUUUUCAUCGUUCUUCUCAUCCAUUUUGAAGGGUGGAGAAUAGCUUUCUACUGGAAUAUUUCUGUAAAUCGAAUACUUGGCUUUAAAGAGCUUGACAGACUACGGGGAGUGUUUGAUUAUGAUGCCUAUGUUAUUCAUGCAAGAGAAGACACAGAUUGGGUGUUGACGAACUUCACCUCUCUGGAAGAAAAUGAGCAAUUUCAAGUUAAGUUUUGUCUAGAAGAACGAGACUUUGAAGCAGGAAUAUCUGAAUUUGAAGCUAUAAUUAACAGCAUAAGAAAGAGCAGGAAGAUUAUUUUUAUUGUGACUGAACAUCUCUUACAGGAUCCAUGGUGCAGGAAGUUUAAGGUGCAUCAUGCUUUACAGCAAGCUAUUGAACAAAGUCGAGACUCCAUCAUACUGAUCUUUCUUCAUAAUAUACAAGAUUACAAGUUGAAUCAUGCACUUUGCUUGAGAAGAGGAAUGUUCAGAUCUCGCUGCAUCUUGAACUGGCCAGUCCAGAAGGAAAGAAUCAAUGCAUUUCGUCAGCAGUUAAUGAUGGCACUUAAAUCUGAUAGUAAAGUGCGCUGAAUUCAGUUUUCUGAUGUUAGAAAACUAGCAGGUCUCCAGUAAAAGCUGGGAAAAAAAAAAAAAAGAAAUUGUCAUAUUGGAAUAAGACACUGAAAGUUGAUAAUUUAUAUUUACUUGUCUAAGUUCAUGUACUUUCUGAUAUUGUAGUUCACCUAUACUGAAGUAAUCGCAUUUGAUAGUCAUUUCAGUAUGUGCAUCAACAAUGUGAGAUAUUCUGGAAAGUAGUGAGAAUGACUGAAGUCCUUGAAAAAAUAUCCAUCUGAUGUAAUGCAGAAAAGCCAUGGACUCUACAUUAGCAGGGUAUAUAGAAAAGGAUGCAAUGAUAAAAUUUCAAAUCCUGUCUAGAAAGCAGAAUGGACACUACAACUUGUUUUUAAAACUCAAAGGAAAAUAAAUAGAAAACCUAAAAAUUUUUCUAUAUUAAGCACAAUGACAUGGAAAUAAUUUCUAUAGUUGAAGCCUUUGAAAAUGGAUAAACCCAGAGGAAUUCUUUAGUGUAACUUGUUAUACACUCAUUUGGUAUUUUCUUCCUUAAAAUACUUUACAGAAAAUUGGGGUAGUUAGCACUUGCAUGGCAUUAAGGUUCAAACUUGUAUGCUAGUACCUUGAUCUGGAGAGAGCUAAGAACCAGCAAAGCAUGCUCCAGAAUUGUCCAAAAUGUUUAUUAUGUUUGAUGCUCAUUGUGAUUCUAUGGAGCAUUUGAGCACAAUUUAUUGCAAAGUGGGCUGUAGACAGUCAUGUCCCUUUGUCCCUAUUAAUGUUUAAUUUCUCCUCUGAUGGUUGUUUUUGUCUUUUUGUCUUUUUUUUUUUUUUUUUUUUUUUAGUUG